GAGCCUGUGCUUAUAAGGAAGUGAGUCUCCUCUCGUGCACAGUAAGAGAGUUUGAGGCCGUCUGUGAGCAGGUGCAGGUUGAAUCCAAAAGUAUGAGAGUCCUCGUAGUGUUGAUGUGCUUUCUGGCCGGCUGCCUGGCCCAGAAGCCUCACCCGUGCCGGAGCCCUCCUCUUUUGAGCGGGUCCCUCACUGUGUCCACACAGAAUGAAAAGCUGUGGGCUUUCGCCAAGUACCUGUAUGACGGAUUGGGGGAACGGAUCCGGCUCAGGGAGCUGGUGAACUACAAGAACAAGACAUUCACCUAUGACGUCCUGCUGCUCUUCAGAGAGUCAACCAUGUACGAGAUUUCUGAGCGCAACCGCACGUGCAAGAAGAGGCCCUUGAAGACAGAUUUCCAGCCUUGGGCGGUUCCAAAAGACGCUUCCCUGUUGGGCCAGGCUGUUGUGGGCAGCUCGUCUGGACCUGGUCAAGGACUCCUGGUAAACAGCUGGACAGGACAUUUGCCAAACGCGACAGGAAUAUACACCACCACAGUGACUGAGUUUGGAUGCAUUCCCGUCAACACUAAUUACCAAACCUCUCAGUAUGGCUGGGUGGUGACCAGCUUCUUCAACAACAUCAUCGGGAUUUCAGAACCUGAUCUGCUCAACCCUCCAGGCUUUUGCCCUAGCAAAGACAUGGAGGACAGUGAAGUGGAGGCUGCCGACUUCAUCAACCUCUUCAAGACCCGUAGACGAGAGGUGGACUUAAACAUGAGGGUCCUCGUCUUCCUGCUCGCGUGCCUGACGGCGGGCUGCCUGGCUCAGAGACCGAAACAAUGCACAUCGCCGCCGCUGCUGUCCGGAAGCCUCUCCGUGACCUCCGCAAAUGGGAAACUGAUGGCCUACGCUCGGUACAGUUACGAUGCACUGGGAAAACGCAUCCGCCUCCGAGAGUUUGGAUCUUACAACAAUAAGACCUUCCACCUCGACGCUCUUCUCCUGUACAGACAGGGUGUUAUGUACAGGUUAAACUACAGGAACCGCACAUGCGUCAAGAAGCCUCUGUGCGUUGACUUCCACCCUCUGGCGAUUCCCCAGAACGCUACCCUGCUCGGUCAACUCGUGCUAGGCAGCUCCUCCGGUCCAGGACAGGGGGUCCUGGUCAACAGUUGGACUGGCGAGAUGCAUUUGAAAAAGGGAACAGCCAAGUACAUGAACACCGUCACAGAGUUUGGAUGUAUUCCCAUCAGCACUCUGUUUCACACCGACAAGAGUGGAUGGAUGGUAACGAGCUUCUUCAACAACGUCAUCGGGCUAGUGGAUCCUCAGCAGUUCAUCCCGCCGAGCUUCUGUCAGGACGCCGAGCUGGAGCAGGAGGACGGGGAGGACCCGGUCACCUUCUUCAGCUUGUUUUAAAAACACGAGGCCGUGUUUGGAGAUCCAGCGCACAUGAUCCUUUGAGCCGUUUCUUUCACAGCAAUCAUUUUUAUUAUUCAAGACAAUUAAAUCAAACUGAAUUAAUACACGUUGUGGGGCUUAAUAGUCUGCAGGCCAGCGACGGACACCCUUCAUUAUGAUGUGAAAGCUGAUAUGAUUAUGUGUACCGAAUGAUUAUACAGGCAUAGUGGAUGUGAAAUGUUGCAGUUUCCGAUUAAAAUCUCUAUUUUUUGUGUGUA